AUGGCACUCAUUGAGAAGACUGGGCUGAUGAAGGUUGUUCUACAUGUUGGUAGAUGCUUUGAGAGGCUUGUGAAGGAGUUUGUGGUGAAUCUGUCUGUGGAAGUGGGACUUCCUGAGAGUGAUGAAUACAGGAAAGUGUAUGUCAGGGUAAAAUGUAUGAAAUUUUCUCCUGAUGUGAUCAACAAAGCACUUGGAAGAAGUGUUACUGCAGUUGCUGAUGAAGAACCAUCCUUAGAUGUGGUUGCCAAGGAACUCACUGCUGGGCAAGUUCCUAAAUGGCCCAAGAAGAAGCUUUUGUCCACUGAGAAUCUCAGUGUGAAAAAUGUAAUCCUUAACAGGAUUGGUGCUGUGAAUUGGGUCCCUACCCAACAUACCUCUGCUAUCUUUGCCACUCUUGCCAAGUUAAUUUACAAGAUUGGUAAUUUGGUUCCUGCUGAUUUUGAGAUCAUUCUGCACCAGCAUCCCAAGAUAGUCAGGGAUGAUGAGGAGGCUAUGCCCAAAGGUGCUCCUAUCACCUUGGACCAUCGUUUGUUUUCUGGGCCUCAUGUCCCAGACAUUGUUGUGCCAUCCAGCAGGACAUUUGCAUCUGCUCCAGUUGUUUCUAAGGCUCUUAAGGAGACUAUCACUGCAAGCACUACAAGGAAGGUCAAGGUGGAUGAGUUGUUUCUCAAGCUUCAAGAGGAAGAGGAUCAAGAGGGUGAGCCAAGUGCUGCCAAUGCAGCUGCUGCAGGUGCAAGCACUGAUGAUGAGAAUGAAGUAGAAACUGAGGAGGAAUCCAGUUCUGAUGAUUAG